AUGGGUGCGUCUAUUGUAAGUAGCAACAAUAAUACCAUUCUAAGUCUUGAAAGGAAUUUGAUCAAAAACCCACACGUUAAAACAAAUUAUGUAGAUUUCAUGUUAGAAUACCAAAAUUUAAAUCAUAUGGAAUAUUUAAGCCAACCACCCAACGACAACAAUUGCGUUUAUUUGCCUCACCACGCCGUGCAAAAGGAGUCUAGUACGACAACAAAAUUAAGAGUUGUUUUUGACGCGUCGGCAAAAACUUCAAAUAAACAAAGUCUAAACGAUAAUUUGCUAGCUGGGGCGUACGUGUUAAACGCUGAUAUAGCGAAAAUGUAUCGUCAGAUUAAGAUACAUCCCAACGAUACGAAUUAUCAAUUAGUUCUUUGGCGGAAUCAUCCAUCCGAACCACUAAAUACGUAUCGUCUUUUGACACUAACAUAUGGUACUAAACCGGCAAGUUUUAUUGCUACGCGGUGUUUGAAGGAGUUAGCUGAUCAAAACCAAGCUAGGUACCCUAUCGCGAGCGAAAUCAUUCGUUGA